CGCUUUCCCUUUUGUUCUCUCCAACCGCCGCCGACACUCGGCGCCGGUGAGGAGCGCGCGGCUUCCCGGGCGCUCCGGUUUCCGCCCGCGCCCGCACCGCCCGGGAGCACAGCACCUUCCCGGCUCCGCGCAGAGGCUGCGCCACGUAGCCUUGACCCGCGACUCCCCUGCAGCUCCCGCGGACGCACCAACGAAUCGAUUCGCACGUUGGAGGCGACGGAGUCGCGGGGUCGUCCCGAGGCCAAGAAGUCCCGCGCGCCAUGCAGUCCCCUCCCGACUGGCCCCCGACGCCCGGCACCCUGCGGCCCUCUCCCUUCCCGCACCCUGCCCUGCACGCCCUGCACCGCCUGGCCCGAGCCCUGCUCUUUCCGGCUUACUGGGCGCUGGACCAGCUGCUGGGCUGCGGGGCGCCGCUGGCGCGCGCGAACCGCCGCCGCGCGCUGAGAGCGGCCGCGGGCGCCGUGGGGGCGCUGCUGCUGCUGCUCCUGGCCGGCCUGCCCCUCGCCCUGCCCGGCCUGCUGCUCUGGCUGCCCCUGCAAGCUUGGCGCCGCCCCUUCUGCUACCGGCCCCCUCCGGAGUGCUGGGCGCCCCCGGCGCCCUGGCGCCCCUCCGCUGAGCCCGCGCGCUGCUUCGGCUUCCUCAGCGCGAACCUGUGCCUGCUGCCCGACGGCCUAGCGCGCUUCAACAACUUGCGGCACAGCCAGCGGCGCGCCGAGGCCAUGGGCGCCGUGCUGCUCGCCGGCCUGCGGCCCUCGCGCUAUGGGACUACGGGCUGCAGUCCGCCAGGGCCGGGGACGCCCGGUGGGUCGCUGAUAGCCGCGGUGCCGGCGGGGCUGGACUUCGUGUGCCUGCAGGAGGUGUUCGACCUGCGCGCGGCGCACCGCCUCGUCCGCCGCCUAGCGCCCUAUCUGGGCCCGGUGCUGUACGACGUGGGCUCCUUCGGCCUGCAGCCCGGACCGCACCUCAAGCUGCUCGGCAGCGGGCUGCUGCUGGCCUCGCGUUAUCCGCUGCUGCGCGCUGCCUUCCGAUGCUUCCCCCACGCACGGCGCGAGGACGCGCUGGCCUCCAAAGGACUGCUUUCCGCACAGGCGCAGGUGGGCAUCCUGGACGGGCGCCGCAUCGUGGGCUUCCUGCACUGCACGCACUUGCAUGCGCCGAGUGGUGAGCCCCGCGGACGGGUCGCGGUCUCCCCUCCCUCAUCCUGGCGGCGGCGGGUUCCAGCCCUCGUCUUUGUCUCCGCUCCCCCCACCGUUUGUCCACGGCCCGAAGCACCGCGAGCCGGGUGGUGGAGCGCCCUGCUGGGCUCGCAGGUCGGGGCCGGGCGGAGGCCGGGGUGGGGUGCGCAUCCAGACUCAGCCUUCCUCCCCACCCCCGCAGGGGACGCGCCCUUGCGCUGCAAACAGCUGACGCUUCUGCUGGACUGGAUCCAACAGUUUGAAGCCCAGAGCCGCCCGGGGGGCGAUGCCGUGGCCUUCAGCGUGCUUCUGGGUGACCUAAACUUCGACAACUGUUCUUUAGGUGAGGGGGAAGCCGCAGGGGGCGGGAUCAGCGCCUGGCUCCGCCCACCGAGCGCUGGCCUCUCCCCAGCAGACCACGCAAAAGAGCAGGAGCACGAGCUCUUCAGCCACUUCCGGGACCCUUGCCGGCUGGGCACUCGCCGGGAGCAGCCCUGGGCCCUGGGCACGAUGCUGAACACCUCCACCCUGCGCCACUCGGUGGCCUGCUCCUCCGAGAUGCUGCGGAGGGCCCUGGAGCAGGAGGAGGGGCGCCACCGCUACCUGGCAGGCCCUCCGGGCUUGGGCCCCCGGACUAAGCCUUGGCGGGGCCGGCGCGUGGACUAUGUCAUGUACCGGGGAGUGGCCGGAGGCCCGCUGAGCCCAGUAAGUGGCAGAAUUCAGGGCGCUGGGCCGGCCGGAGCUGGGGCGACCCCUCAGCCUGACUCCUGCCCCCAGGAGGUGGAGCACGUGACCUUCAGCACUGCCCUGGCGGGGCUCACUGACCACCUGGCCGUGGGACUUCGGCUCCGAGUGUCUGUGCCCUCCUGACGCACGCACGCAGGCGCGGGCCCGGGUGGAAAGACGGACACGGAGGCAGAGCGUGAGCCUGGCCAGUUGCCGCGGGGACGGGGCGCCUUAAGAGCUGUUUAUUGUGGGGGCCGUCCCUCACACUGCCUCCUGGGCCCUGCGGUACUCGUAGACGCUGCCGCGCUCGGGGAAGGCUGGGGGCUGCUGGGGCGACCCCGGCGGCGGUGGCGGCGGGGCGGGGUCAUCCGGGUCCCCGUAGCCCCCACCGCCCGGUGUGUGGAGGCAGAACACGUCCUGUGGAACAGGGGGACAGGCUCAGCGCGGGCAUGCCCUCCCCGCCAGACUGCCUCCCGCUGCGGCCCCAGCCACCCACCCCUCCCUCCACGGCGGCCCGCCUGGACCACGGAGGCCCAGCGCGCGCCCUCUGCCCUUCAGAAACCAAAUUAAAUUCAGUUUCCGGUCA